AUGACCAUCCGAGAGAUGUGGGCGGCAACGCUUUUCCUGUGGCCAGUGCUCUCAUGGGCCGGGCCAGCUGAACAGUUCCUGUCCGAGGACUUCUUCCCAGGUUUUCACAUCCUGGAGAAGCUGGAGGAGUCGCCGAUCUACCAAGUCUACGAUCGAGGCCAGCGCUUGACCGAUCCUCCACAAUUGGAUUGGUCGAAGGCAAAGGAUCUGGCCGAAGCUCAAGAGCGCUUGGAAUCCUUGCUGAAGAUCCCUCCCAGAGAAGAGAUGCAGCUCCCCUGCGCCUUCUUCACGCCUGACGGCGAACGGAUCGAAGCACUGCAGGGUCUUCUACGAUCUCCGGUGCUCUUCUUCCUCGAAAAUGGACAGUGGAUGUGGCCUGCGGUGCGCAUCGGCUUUCAGCAAAAUGUCACAGGGCUGCCGGACGUCUACUUGACCACGCUGUCGCUGCGGCCGGCUGUGUUUGAAGUGCGAAACUUCAUGUCCUCCCAGGAAGCCGAUGAAGUCAUGGCGAUCGGCGCGCAGCAGGGUCUGCAUAGCUCCAAGGGACAGAUGCAAAGCAAUGACCUGAAGAAAGGCACCUCACAUGCCUCCUUUCGGACCUCGAAGCAAGCCUGGUUGAGCAACGAUCUUGCUCCCAUCAUUGCUCGCUUGGAUGAGAGAACGGCGCAGGUGACGCGCAUUCCGGCCGAGCACAAUGAGCCGGUGCAACUGCUCCGCUACGACACUGGGACCUACUACCAUGCACACAUGGACUGGACUGAGCUGGACUUCUACCCAGAUCAAAGACACAUCUGGAUGGACUCCCAUUUUGGUCACUUCGACCGUUUAGCCACCCUCUUCUGGUAUUUGAACGAUGUUCAGGAGGGCGGGGAGACGAUCUUCCCUAAGCAUGGCCAGCCGAUCUGCGCCCCUCGCUCCCUGGGCGGCCCGGCGGCACGCUUCUGCACCGGUGCAAGGGAUCCAGACAUGAGCAGCUGCGUCAAGGGGCUGAAGGUGCGUCCGCGGAAGGGCACCGCCGUGCUGUGGUACAACUUCUUGGCCACGGGACGUGGAGACCGGAACUCGCUCCAUGCGGGCUGUCCUGUGGGUCCGAACGAGACCAAAUGGUCCGGGAACAAAUGGGUGCGCAACAAGCCUUGGGGUACACCUGGACACUGGAUGCCUGGGCACCCUGCCUUGAAACGCUAUGGUUGGAGGGCGGACGAUGAGGAGCCCAGUUGCCAUAUCGCCUUCCAAAGCCACUCUGAUCAGCCGGCAGCGCUGCUGUGGCUCGAUGGCAAGAAAGCCAUGGAGCUGGCGAAGAUCCCCCCGCAUGGCAGCAUCGCUCAGCUCUCCUAUGACGGACAUCGUUUCCAGAUCCGGGUCGGUGAGCACAGCAGUCGCCCCGUCAGCUGUCGGGCACCGUCCAGCGACUUUGUGAUCACCAAGUCCCUGGAUUUGGUGGAGAUUCCAAGUCCCGAGUGCUGCCAGCAACCCGAUCGUGAGGCUCUUCAGAUGCAAGAGUACUUCGAGGCCCUCCUCCGAUACAUUCCAUAUGUGGAUCAGUGUGAGGCCUUGCGGGAAUUCCUGUGCAGUGUGGAUGUGAGUCAGAUGAGCUAUGAUGCGCUGCUGGAUUUGGAGCAGGCUCUGGGCCGUGGCGGUCCGGAGAUCUCCGUGGAUGCGCGGCUCAUUGCGGCGCUGCCCCAGCGCGAGGUGGCUUCCUCCCAGUUCGAGCUGUUCAUUCUUGCUGGUACCACUUUGAAUGCAUUGCUCAAUGGAUUCCGCAGAGCAAUACCUGCUGUGCCGCUGGGACGAAUUGGGGGGCCGAACAGUGCCGAACAGAGCUUGGGGAGAGCCGAGAGGCGUGUUGACCUGGCGGUGCUUCUUUUCGGCCCUGGGAGAGGGGCCUUUGGGGAAUUGGAACAACGGCCUUCCUUCCCCGCGGGCGAAGAGGAGACAGCAGCUCGCCGUGGCGCGCGGCCACGCGAAGGCGACUGGCCAGGGUGCCAUGUGGCGCAUGGGAAGGUUGAUUGGAUCUUGGGAUUGGAGGACUUGCGCUCGGCUGGUCUCCAUGGAGACCUGCCAGACCUCUCGGUGGAUCCGCGCCGGAAGGUCUUGAGUGUGAUCAAUGCUCAGGAUGAAACGAGGUGUUUCUACAUCUCCCUCCUGGGCCACGGCGCCACCGGGCGCCGCGGGCGGCCGCUGGCGCCGGGCCGCAGCUGGAGAGGAACGACCGUCGACGCUGUGACGACCUUGGUGCUCGUGGUGCCGGGCCAGAUGGUGAUGGACGUUUGCCGGGUGAAGGUCAAGGAUGUGCGAUCGUUGGAGCUCCACUCGGAUAUCCUGCCGCUGCCAGCUCCUCCCGAGCGAACACCGCCUGGGAGAAGCUUUGUCUACGACUUUCCACUGGAGGGUGGGCCCUUUCUGUGCUCCCAAGGACAUGGCGGGAGGCUAACGCACUUCGCUCACCCCUCCACUUUUUACGCCUUGGAUUUCGACUGCGCGGUGAACACCGCCGUGUUGGCAAUGGAAGAGGGCGUGGUAACACAGAUCCGCGACAACGAGACGGCUUCAGGAGUCGAUGUGGAGAACUUCUUCAAAUGGAAUCAGAUCACUGUGAAGCAGGUGGAUGGCACUUGGGCUGAAUACGUCCACAUCCAGUCGGCCGCAGUGCCGCUGGGCGCCGCCGUGACGCGGGGGCAACGGAUCGCCAGCAGCGGCGCGGUCGGCUUUUGCCCCACGGCGCACUUGCACGUGGAGCUCCAUCUGUCCGACGCCUUGGAGGCUCCCUCGGUGCCCUUCGGCUUCCGUGGCCAGGAGCAGGACUUCUACUGCCAGCAGGGGCUAUGCUACACGGCCCACGGUGUGUGGAGUGCCAGUGAGGAAGCGCAAGAGGAAAAUGUCCAUAUGCUUCACGGCGAGCGUUCUGUGACCAUGUGGGGGCCAGAUGAGGAGCAGACAGA